ACGUAGCGGGAUACUUUCGCGAGCUGGGAUUGGUCAAUAAAAAAAGUGAAUUUUGAUACACAUUCCUGAGGACAUAUUGCACAUUCCUCCUCUUUUCCUCGUGCUCCGACUGCAGAUCUUGUGCGCAAUCAGCCAGGAUAGCAUUGGAAGGAAAAUGGUUCUAACAAAGAGAGAAGUUAUAGUUAAAAAACAAAAAAGGAGAAUUGGAGAAUCUGUUUAUGAUUUCUGUUCUUCUGAUGAAGCUGUGCUUUCUUCUAAAAAGUUCCCAAAUUAUUGGAAAAAAUUGAAGAUUGAUCUUUUCUUCAAAAUAUGAAAGCGAUGUCAGUGUGUACACCUGUUCAAGAAAAUUCAGCCACAUGAUCCAUCACUCAUAAAGGAUCUCUAAAGGCACAGUUCAUUCUUUUCUUUGAAAAUUGCAAACGAAUGAAAAAGGAAGCACAGACAGUUAAUUCUCCUAGUCCUUUAAAGGAUAUUGUUAAUGUUAAUCCCUAUCGGCCAGCAAUUCAUGGCUGUCGAAGUAUAGAAUCAUUUCAAAGCCUCAAAAAGAUUGAAGAAGGAGCUUAUGGAGUUGUUUAUCAAGCAAAGGAUAAAAGAACUGAUGAAAUUGUUGCAUUAAAACGCUUAAAAAUUGAAAAAGAAAAUAAUGGAUUUCCAAUUACAGCUUUGAGAGAAAUUAAGUUAUUGCAGAAAGUUCAGCAUCCAAAUGUUGUGGCAGUUAAAGAAGUAGUUUUUGGAACCGAUAUGAAUAAUAUAUAUAUUGUUAUGGACUUCAUUGAAUAUGAUUUAAAAAGUGUAAUGAGAAAUAUGGAGCAGCCUUUUUCAAUAGGUGAGGUAAAAACAUUGAUGCUUCAAUUGUUAAGUGCUGUUGCACAUCUCCAUAGUAACUGGAUAAUUCAUAGAGAUCUGAAACUUUCUAAUUUACUGUUGAGCCAAAAUGGUGUUUUAAAGAUUGCUGAUUUUGGUUUAGCUCGAGAGUAUGGGGAUCCCUUAAAACCGUAUACUCCCGUUGUUGUAACUCUUUGGUACAGAGCACCUGAAUUAUUGCUUGAAUCUGGUGAAAAGCUAUAUUCUACACCAAUUGACAUAUGGUCAGUAGGUUGUAUAUUUGGAGAAUUAAUUAUGAAGAGACCACUUUUCCCUGGAGAAUCUGAAACUGAUCAGCUGAAGAAAAUCAUUAAAAAACUCGGACCACUUGAUAAAGAUUGCAGCAGCAAAUUACCAUCCAUUAAAAAAUCAGAAUCCUUUAGUCAUCCACUAAGCAGUUUAAAAAACAGUUUUGGUCAUAAUUUUACAGACUUGGGCUUUGAUCUAAUGCAAAGAUUUUUUAUCUAUGACCCUUCAAGUAGAAUAACAGCUGAUGAUGCUUUAAACCAUGAUUUCUUCAACGAGGAGCCCUCGCCUGUUUCAGUUAAUAUGCUUGCCAUGUGGCUUCCAAAAGAGAUUCAGAGUUCCGCGGUUCAUUUAUAUGGCAAGCAACAUGUCAGACAAAAGAAAGAAACAAAGAAAGAAUUGAAGGUUUCUGCUGGCUUUACGCUAAAAUUUUAAAUAAUUGGAGUGAUUGAUCAAUAAUGAAAACUUGAUGUAUAAAUGUAAUUUUUUGUAAAUAAAUUUAUUAUUUUUUUGUCUUUUA